UACGGGUGCACACAUGUUUUGAAUCGUCUGUGGUUUACCAUACAUAGCAUUCAUUUCCACGAUAUUCCCAUUUCGCUCGUUUCUUGUCCAUUUCAAGAACUAGUACUCGAUUUGCAUCUUCUCGAUGGACCAAGGGCGGUGCGUAUAGAAGAACAUAAUCUUUUAGAGCUGAAGUAUGUUUGUUUCCAAGGCCUUCGCGGCCAUAUUUGCUGCCGUUGGCCUGCUUGUCCAAUCUGCUACAGCACAUUCGACGGAGAGAAACCCUUUAUCGUACAUUAGCCAUGUCGACGAUGCUGUGAUCCACACACCCUCACAUCGAGUGCACUCUCAGUCAACCUUUGACCUCAGCUUCUAUCUCCACGAUCGCCAACAAAAGAUUCGCUUCGUUCUGGAACCGAACCAUGACAUCCUCCCCGACGAUGCAACGAUGCACAUAUUGGGUCCCGAUGGCAAGGUCAAGAGGAUUGAGCCUAUUGCCAGGGAAGAGCACAAGGUUUUCAGGGGCACCACGUUUGUUCAAAGAGAGGGAAUGACGGACGCAGACUGGAGGCAGGCGGGAUGGGCACGAGUCUAUGUCCUCCGGGAUGGGGAACGACCUAUUUUCCAAGGAUCCUUCAGGGUAAACGGAGUCGACCAUCACAUCCAGACGAAUACCAACUACAGACAAACUAUGAUACCAGGCGAUCCGGAGAUCGAGGAGGCGGAUGAUGAGUACAUGGUUGUUUGGCGGGAUUCCGACAUCAAGAAGCCGGCACACGACGACCUGAAGAAGCGUGAUCCUGCGAGCACGGGCUCUUGCGCCUCGAACGACCUGCUUUGGAAUAGGGACGAGAACAACGGAGUCUUGCGGUGGACCGAGGAGGUUUUCGAGCAUCAGAGCCGCUGGGCUAUCAGUCCAAGGGCCCUUUUCGGACGACAAAUGGACGGAACACAAGGUGGCAAUGGCGCUGGUGUUAAUCUGCUGAACAGCAUUGGUUCUACAGCCGGCUGCCCGACUUCGAAAAAGGUUGCCCUGAUUGGCAUAGCUACCGACUGCACCUACACGGAAAAAUUCAACUCGACCGAAUCUCUGAGGCAAAAUGUCAUCGACAUGGUUAAUAAGGCUUCUCAGCUCUUCGAGAGCUCCUUUAGCAUUUCUCUAGGUAUUCGGAACUUGACUAUCAGCGAUAAGGAGUGCCCGGCUACGCCUCCUGACAGUGCGCCCUUCAAUAUGCCCUGCAGCAGCGGUGCGACAAUCACCGACCGCCUUGUGAAAUUUUCUGGAUGGCGCGGCAAGUCCAACGAUAAUAACGCGUACUGGACUUUGCUGUCAACCUGCAAUACUGGUUCUGCCGUUGGCCUCGCCUGGCUCGGUCAGGUCUGCCAAGGAGGCGCUACGCAAAGCCAGGGCAACGAAACCGUCGCGGGCGCAAAUGUUGUCGUCAAGACUUCUACCGAAUGGCAGGUCUUUGCUCAUGAGUCGGGUCAUACCUUUGGUGCAGUCCACGACUGCCUUCCAGACACAUGCGCAGACGGCUCCGCCGGAGAAAACAAGUGCUGCCCCCUUUCAACCACGACCUGCGAUGCCAACGCCCAGUUCAUCAUGAACCCGUCCACAGACGACCGCAUUACGUCCUUCUCGGCCUGCAGUAUCGGUAACAUAUGCAGCUUUCUGGGCAGAAACCCCGGGAGGAUGAGCUGCCUCUCCAACAAUAAGGACGUUGUCACCAUCACCGGUCAGCAAUGUGGCAACGGCAUCGUCGAGGCCGGCGAGGAAUGUGACUGUGGUGGCGAAGAAGGGUGCGGAAACAACCCGUGCUGCGAUCCCAAGACGUGCAAGUUCACCACCAACAGCAUCUGCGACCCCGCCAACGAAGAGUGCUGUACCGAUAAGUGCCAGUUUUCUGGCACCGAAACCGUCUGCCGCGCCAGCACUGGCCCUUGCGAUCCAGAAGAGAAGUGCUCCGGCACCAGCGGCUCCUGCCCGGCUGACAAGACCGCCGACGACGGCACUUCAUGCGGCGACUCGCUCACCUGCGCUUCAGGACAAUGUACCUCGCGCGACCAGCAAUGCAAGACGUUCAUGGCUACCGAGGACACACACAACCAGACAACUUCGUGCUCCAAUGAGGGCUGCACGCUCGCUUGUGAGGGCCCAAUGUUCGGAAAUGCCCAAUGCUACUCCCUUCCACAGUACUUCCUCGACGGCACCCCUUGCGAGGGUGGCGGCAAGUGCCAUAAUGGCAUCUGCGAGGGCGCCAAGCUCAGCAACCAGAUCCUCGACUGGUUCAAAGACAACAAGAAUAUUGCUAUCCCUGUCGGCUGCGUCAUCGCCGGUCUUCUUCUCAUCUCCCUCAUCAGCUGCUGCUGCAGCUGUUGUCGGCGUGCGAGGUACAGGUCGAGGAGGGCACCACCAAGGAUGAUGGCGCCGUCGCCGGUUAUGGGUCAGCAUCCUGUGGGGUGGAACUGGGGCGGCGGUAGGAACGGCGGGCAUGUUCCGUUGCCCUCGCAAUCGGGGCCGCCACCGCCGCAAUACCAAGGGCCACCGCCGCCAUACCAAGGGGGACCUCCGCAGCCGCCAAUGGGACAGCCUAUGGGUCAGGGACAGUUCCCGGGCCAAGGAGGGGAUGGAAGGUAUGAGCCGUUUAGGGAACAGCAGAGGGGGUAUGGUAGGUAUGCUUGAGCACUACCGUGCAUGUGGGUAUAGAUCGACUGUUUGUAUAUGACUGAGCGUCUGCGGCGUUCGUAUCUUGAUGAUAAAUGAUGAAUCUUCUCUGCUUUUAUAUUUCUUGCGAAUACACAAACGUUUUGCGAACUGUGGCCUGACGCUAUAAGAUGUAGAGUCAAGAAAGUCAUGGCCGGUCAAAAAGGUACUGUACAUAGCCUCUCGGCAUGAGCAACGGAUGCAUGAAAGAGGAAGUUAUGCUGGUGUGUGAGUUAGGUCGGUACUACAAAUGAGACCCAUCC